AUGGGCCUCGAGUCGACGAUGAUCGUCGUGGACACGUCCGAGUGGAUGCGCAAUGGCGACUACGUUCCCUCGCGCAUCGAGGCGCAGGGCGACGCCGUGAACCUCCUCGUGACCUUCAAGACGAACGCCAACCCGGAGAGCACGGUCGGUAUCCUCGCCAUGUCCUCGACCGUCAAUGUGCACAGCAAGACGGUCUCGCUUCUCGCGAGCCCGACCGACAACAUUGGCAAGCUCCUCAACGUCAUGCACGAGAUCACGCCGGCCUCGAUCGGCGGCACGCUCGCGCUCAAGCACCGCCGCAACAAGAAGGGCAGCGCGCGCAUCGUCGUGUUCCUUGGCUCGCCCAUUGACGAGGACGACAAGGCCUUGGUCAAGAUUGGCAAGCUCUGUAAGAAGAACAACAUUGGCGUCGACGUCGUCUCGAUGGGCGACGUUGAGCGCAACGCGCCCAAGCUCCAGGCCUUUGUCGAUGCGGCUAACAGCAACCAAAACAGUCAUCUGAUCACGGUCCCGCCGGGGGUGUUGCCGUCGGACGUCUUGGUCUCGUCGCCGAUCUUCCAUGGCGAUGGCGAUGGCGGCAUGAGCGCUGGCAUGGGCGGCGCUGCCUCGAGCUCGAACGACUUUGCCGAGUUUGGUGGCGUCGAUCCGAGCAUGGACCCCGAUCUUGCCUUGGCGCUCCGUGUGUCCAUGGAGGAAGAACGCGCCCGGCAGGAAGCUGCUGCGAAGCGUGCCGCCGAAGAAGCGGCCAAGAGCGAGCCUUUGGCGCCUAUCGCCGAGACGACGCCUGCUCCGACAACGACGUUUGCGACGCCUGUAAAGCAAACGGUGGCUCCCGUCGAGACGCCCAAGGCCCCCGUGAAGGAAGCUGUGGCUGCGCCCGCGCCGGCGCCCGCGUCAACGAUGCCGUUCAUGGACCCCAACUUUGUCAGCUCGCUCCUCUCGGGUCUGCCGGGCGUCGACCCGAACGACCCCAAGAUCCAAGCCGCCAUGAAGCAGAUCACGCAAAAGGACGACGAGAAGAAGAAGAAGGACGACGAGAAGAAGGACUAA